AUGAAUAAUUUACAAUACAUAAUGGAAAUUUAUAUUUCUAAUCAAUAAAUCUUAUUUAUUAUUAUCAUUAGAAAACUUACUCUUAUGGGUUGUCAUAUUAGAAAAUAAUAAAUGCCAAUUAUCUUAGAUCCAGAUCUGAAAGACAAAGAAUAUGUGUACCAAAUAAAAACAAAAGGAGCUAGAAAAAUGUAAAUCUACUAAUGGGGGGAAAUUAAUUUAUAGUCAAUAGGUAUGUUCCUGAAAAUAUUGGUUAGGUAAAAGUACUAUUAUGAGAAGAAGAAGUACUACUUAACAAAAUAUUUCCAUCAGCUGAAAGGUUCUAUGCCUAAGUUAUGAAUUUAUAGUUAUGUUAUUUUAUUCUGAAUCAAAUAUAUUCAUUCAUGAAUCUGGAUGAUUUCCUGUAAGAAUUAGUUUUAGAGAGUAAUAUUCUUCUAUAUAUAUUAAGAAUCACUGAAUUCUAAAUUAAAGUGA